AUGCAGCGGCAAAAGGAGCCACAGCAACAGCUGAUGCUGCAGCAACAGCUGCUGCAGCAGCAGCAGCAGCUGUUGCAGCAACAGCCGCACGAACAACAACUCGAGCCGUGGCAGCAGCAGGUACAGCUGCAGCGGCUACAACAGCUACAGCAGCAGCAACAACAACAAGUGCAGCAGCAGCUGCAGCAGCUGCAGCAGCCGCAGCAUCAGCUGCAACAGCUGCAGCAGCAACAGCUACAGCACCAACAGCUGCAGCAUCAACACCUGCAGCAGCAACAGCAACAGCUGCAGCAGCUGCAGCAGCUGCAGCAGCAGCAGCUGCAGCAGCAGCACCUGCAGGAGCAGCAGCAGCUCCAGCAGCAGCAACAGCAGCAGCUGCAGCAGCAACAGCAACGUUUGCAGCAGCAAUAUGUGCAGCAGCAGUUUCUACAGCAGCAAAACUUGCAACAGCAACAAAUGCAGCAGCAGCAGCAACAGCAGCAAGAACAGCAGCAGCACUCAUCACCAGGCCAGGCGUUCGAGAGGCAGCAGCAGCAGCAGCAGCAGCAGCAUGAGCAGCAACGUAUGCAGCAGCUGCUGAAGCAGCAGGAGCCUCUCCAGCAGCCUCAAGAGUGGCUGCUGCAAGACCCUGUUCACCGUGGGAAUAUAUUGCAGCAGCAGCAGCAGCAACAGCAGCAGCAGCAACAGCAGCAGCAACAGCAGCCACAGCAGCAACAGCAGCACUUGCCGUCGCCACUCCAAUGGGCGCCUUCAUAUGACAGGCAGCAGCAAGUGCUGCAGCAGCAGCAGCAACAGCAGCUGUUGCAACAGCAGCAGCAGCAGCAGCAAAGUGCUGCUGCUGCCGCUGUACCGCGGCGAGUCAGCCGCACACUGCGACGCGACUCAGCAGCAACAGCAGUAACAGGGGGAGCAGCAGCAGCAGCAGCAACAGCAGCAGCAACAGCAGCUGCCUCGACGGGGCGCAGGCAGGGAGCGCAGCGUGUGCGUGGGGCUGCUGCAGCCGGUUCGCCAGCUGCUGCUGCUUCUGCUGCUGCUGCUCCGUUUACUGCAGACACGGGGGCAGCGGCACGGCUGCAGCGCAGCAGCAAACCCAAGUACACCCGCAGCAGUAGCAGCAGCAGCCGCAGCAGCAACUCGCUCUGCAGUGGUGCUGCUGCUGCUGAUCCUUCAGCUGCUUCUCCUCCCACUGCAGCUGCAGCACCUGAGGGCGCUGCUGCUGUUGCUGCUGCUGCGCCUGCUGCUGUCUCCGCUCCUGCUACUGCUGCUGCUGCUUUGUUUAGGCUGCGUUCUGCUGCAGAAGCCCUAGCAGCAGAGCCUCUAGACAGCGCGUUGCAGCAGCAGCAGCACGAACAGCAGCAACAGCAGCAGCAGCAGCAGCAACCGACGCUGCUGUACACCCCCAUAGAAGCGCAAGACUCGAAUUGGUGGCAGCAAGGUUGGCAUGCAGCAGCAGCAGCAGCAACAGCAGCAGCAGCAAGAACAGCAGCAGCACAUCCCCUUCUUCGCGCUCUGCUGGAUCCCUCACUUCCUGAUGCAGAAGUGCAGCAGCAGCUGCAGCAGCAGCAGCAACUGCAACAACAACCGCAGCAAAAGCAGGUUGCUGCUAGAACGGGACAGUUUCUGCUGCGGGAUGCACUUGCAUUUGGAGCUGCUUCCCCCGCCGCAGGUGCUGCUGCUGACUUAGUUCCCGAUGUUGCUGCUUGGGCUGCUGCUGCUGCAGCGCGGCUCCCUCCUUUGCGUGUUGCUGCAGCGCAUGCUGCUGCAUUCGCCAGGGCUUUGCUGCAGCAGCAGCAGCAGCAGCAGACAACGUGCAACAGCGCUGACGACCCCUCCGAAAUUUGGGAAUCGGGAUCGUCGGUUAUUACAGAAGGAUUUGCUGCUGCUGCUGCUGCUGCUGCAGUAGAUGCUGCUGCUGUUGCCGCUGCGUCAGCACCUGCUGGGCGUCCCUGCAGCCACUGCAGCAGCAGCAAAUCCGCAUCUGCUUUAUGUGAAGAGAAGAGCGGCAGCAGCAGCAGCAACAACAACAACAGCAAUAACAGCAGCAGCAACAACAACAACAAUGACAGCAGCAGCACCAGCAACAGCAGCAGCAGCAGCUGCUGCUGCGGUCCUCCCCACAAUGCAGCAAAGCUUGAGGUUUGUUCUCCUGCUGCAGUUGCUGCAGCAGCAGCUUCCAAUGGAUUGCCGCUUACUGUGGCUAGGCUGCUGCUGCAGCAGAAUUCGCUGGGGAGCUUCUACAAUGAAGGAGACAGUUUUUUCUUUGAUGGCGAUGACAUACAGCGAGAAGAGGAGGAGGAGACAUGGGCAGCGUCUGCUGCUGCUGCACUCAGGGAAAUGCUGCAGCAGGCGCAGCGUUCUGGCGUUGGUCUAGCGAAAAGACGAGCAGCAGCAACAGCAGCAGCAGCAGCAGGUUUGAAGUUCUCCAUAGAAACCCCUCUCAAGCAGCAGCAGCAGCAGCAGCAGCAGCAGAAGGAUUUUUUUCUGGUGCAGCAGUCUGCUGCGGACUUCAUAGCUGGUGCGCAAGCACCUGGGGCCGCAACAGGAGCAGCAGCAACAGCAGCAGCACCUGCUGCAGCAACAGCAGCAGCAGCACCUGCUGCAGCAACAGCAGCAGCAGCAGUGGCAGUGAAGACGCCCAAGGGAUUGCUGCUGCUGGAGGAGCCCCUCCUUGCUGCUUUUAGAGACAUCGCUACGCGAGUAACCAGCGAAAAUACAAAAGGAGAGACAGCAGCAAGAGCGGUGCUGCUGCAGCUGCUGCAGCAGCACGCAGACAACUGCACCAUCCUGCAGCAGCAGCAGCAGCAGCAGCAGCAGCAGCAGCACAUGCAGCACAUGCAGCACCCGCAAGAUAAAGACGAGGAAACACAGGACAAACAUCAGCACCCUUCUCAGGCUCAGCAGCCGCAGCUGCAGCAGCAGCACCAGCAGCACAUGCAGCAACAACUGCAGCAGCUGCUGCCCAAUGGUCGCAUGCUGCUGGCCCAUGGGCCACCCGGGUCUUGCAGUUGGGGGCAGCUCAACAGCAGCAGCAGCAGCAGCAGCAGCAACAGCAGCAUUUGCACCAGGACUAGUAGCAGCGGCACGGGGUGCCUCAGCAGCGGCACGAGCUCCUGCAGCAUCAGCAGGAUCAGCAGCAGCAGUAUCAGCAGCAGCAGCAGCAGCAUCAGCAGCAGCAGCAACAUCUCCUUUUCUGAUGUGUGUGAGACAACAGCAAAAGAAGCAGAGCUGCAGUCAGCAGCAGCAGCAGCACCAGCAGCGUGGAAGCACUCUGACAGCAGCCAAAGGAAAGGAGACACUGUAGGCUUUGUGAGGCGCUCAUCGGGUACACCAAGUGCUGCUGCUUCUGCUGCUGCUUCUGCUGCUGCUGCUGCCGCUGCUGCUGCCGCUGCGGCUGCUCCUGCUGCUGCUGCUGCUGUCCCCCAACUGCGUCUUCUUCAGGCUGCCACCAAUGACUUCCAAUACACCCCAGAGCGGCAGCAGCAGCAGCUGGAGCAAUGGAUGCAGCAGCAGCAGGAGCAGCAGCAGCAGCAGCAGCAGCAGCAGGAGGCGCAGUUUGUCCCCGCGUCAAAGAAGAGUGGCUGCUGCAGCCGCUAUACACUCAGCAUUGGAUGGGUACGAGGGUUGCAGACGUCUCCGCACCCGAGCAGCGGGAAGGCUCCACGUGCAGAGUUGCUGUCUGGUAUAACAGAGACAGCAGCAGGUCUUGCAGCAGGUGCAGCAGGAGCAGCAGGAGCAGCAGCAGCAGCAGGCUGUGUCUCAACUUGCUUCUCUGUUUGCUGCGUCUUCUGGUGUCCCCUUGAAGACCCCCUUGAGGUCUUCUCCAUAUUUCAGGGGGCAUCUUGGCUCCCGGGUUGGGGACGCAGGGUCACCUCUGCAGGUGCUGCUGCUGCUGCUGCUGCUGCUGCUGCUGAUCAUGCUGCUGCUGAUUCUGCUGCUGAUAAUGCUGAUGCUGUUGAUUGUGCUGCUGCUGCUGCUGCUGCUUCUGAUCCUGCUGCUGCUGAUUCUGCUGCUGAUAAUGCUGAUGCUGCUGAUUGUGCUGCUGCUGCUGCUGAUAAUGCUGAUGCUGUUGAUUUGUCUACUCGGCCAAGCGAGGAGAAGAAUGCGUUGGGGCAGGAUGAUGCGAUAGUGCAGCAGGACCUUGAGCUGUAUCUGUCUCCUUCUUUUGCAAGGAGACUGAAGACGGAGACAGCAGCAGCAGCAGCAGCAGCAGGGGCAGCAACACGAGCAACAAGAGCAGCAAAAGCAGCACCGAGAGCAGCAGCAGGAGCCGCAUCAAGAGCACUCGCAGGAGCGGCAGCAGCAGCAGCAGCAGCUGCAGCAGCAGCAGCAGCAGCAGAAGGGGAGGAUGAAGCAGAGCCUGCUAUUGCUUUCUUAUCUGUCUUAUUGAUGCCGAGAAAGAAGACGCACUCUAUGCAGCGCAGCAGCAAUUGGGGCAGCAGCAGCAACUUGUUAGCACUUCCUACGAAUGUAAUAAGCAAUGAGGAGACGCCUUUGCUGAUGAAUGGCCCCCAGCAGCAGCAGCAGCAGCAGCAUCUGUACAUCGCAGGGACAGCAGUGCUGCCGCUGCAGCUGCUGCUCUCCUGCAGCAAGAAGAGACUGAAAGCAGCAGAAGUGGUUCAGCAAGAAAUGAAGAAAAGUUUAAGCGUCUCCUUUCACAGCGACUGCACUCUGAGGCCUAUGACUCGCCUCAGGCUAUUCUUACACGAGCCUCUCUGGGCCGCACUCUGUCGCUACCGUGCAGCAUAUCAAGAAUAUAAGAAGCUGUCUCUUUCUUCUCUUUUAUCUCCUAACUGUCUCCUUCCUAUAGGCCAGAUAGAUGUCUCCUUAUUUCCUAACAAGUCCCCUCCAAUAGAUUACUCUCUUCUCUUAGGCUCCAGAUGGAGACUCAACAAUCUAUCAACUCUAUAUCAACGGGGGCCCCAAAAGGGGGGCCCCCAAAAGGGGGGCCCCCAAAAUGGGGGCUCCCAAAAGGGGGGCCCCCAGGGGGUUCCACAGGGGGCCCCAGAGGGGGCCCCUCAGGGGGCCCCAGAGGGGGGCCCCCCUGAUCAACAUCAUAUGGGGGGCCCCAAUGAUAAGUAUGAGGGUACAGGGGCCUUCUCUCAAGGUGCUCAUUGGGGGGCCCCUGGUUUGUCUAUGGACAAGGGGCCCCCUGGGGGCCCCACAAUGGGGGCUCCCACUGCGGGCCCUGUGGGGGGCCCCCAAGAGAUCAUUGCGGGGGCCCCCCCUGGGGGCCCCCUUGAAGGUGUUGCUGCCUUGUUUGCCUGGGAUCGAUCCCCUUCUUUGUCUUUUUGUUUGGGGUCUCUAUGGCCUUCUUGCGGAUAUCUUGAAGUAGAAAUUGAUAAAUAUCCCUGUCCAAGUUUAUUUUUAAGCAGCGAAGAAUUUACGAAGUUAAAUUGUAGACCCUUCUUCAGAGGCAUUAACGAUAAUGAAGCAAGAAUGUGCACAACCACACCAAAUUUGUAUGGGGCUCCCGUCAUAGGCCCUUACGGGCGUUGGUCUCUGUUUGUUAGCGACCUCAGCUUAGCAGCAGAAGGAGACAGCAGUUCGUGGGUCGGAGAGGAGGAGACAGAAGCUGUUGCUGCUCCUGUUGCUGCUGCUGAAGCAGCAGGAUCAGCAGCAGCAGCAGUAGCAGCAGCAGGUGCUGCUGCUUCUGCUUCUUCUGCUGCUCCUUGCUUUGGUUCUCGCUUCUUUUCUGCUGCAGUGCGGACAACACCUGCUGUUACAUGUUUAAAGAAGAAGAAAACCCUUUAUGAUAUAGUAUUAGAGAUAGAGGAGGAGCAGAGACAAAAAGAGCAAGAGAAAGAGCGGAUUGCUGCUGCUGCUGCAGCAGCAGCACAGGAGCAGCAGCAACGGGAGCUAAUGCAGCAGCAGCAGCAGCAGCAACUGUCUCCUCGGGGUAAAGGACCUGUUGUACCCCACAUGUGUGUAGCUGAAGGAGAAGGAAUAGAGAAAGGCGUUGCAGGAGACUGGGCGUACUUUACAUUAACAACUAAAAACGCGAAGAAGGAGACAGUAGAAGCAGCAGAAGGGACUCUGCGUCUGUCUCUUGAUUCUACAGGAUAUCAAGGUCUUACCCUUCACGGAGACAGUUGGGAAGGAGAUAGUGGUUGCAGCACAACAACAACAACAGCAGCAGCAGCAGCAGCAGCAGCAGCAGCAGCAGGUAGCAGCAGUAGAUGCAUGCAGAGAGCAGCAGCUUGGGUGCCUCCCUCUCUACGCUGGCAGGUGCAGCAGCAGCAAAGGGGUAAACUCAGAGUUUCUUACUCUACAGACAAGCCAGGAGGAUAUCUGCUGCAUGUUUCUUAUGAAGGACUACCUGUUGCAGGGUCUCCGUUUUAUGUUUUGUUUACUUCAGGGCCUCCUUGCCCUCUGGCUUCAAAAGUAAUUGGUUAUGGUGCUCGUAUUUGCUAUGCUUCUCCUUCUCUUCCGCUGCAGCACGACAGCAGCAGCAGCAGCAGCAGCAGCAGCAGUCAGGGAAGGGAGGGAGAGGAGACACUUACAGCUACGGAUCUGCUUCCGAGAAGUAAAACCCGACAAAAGUUUAAGCACUUCAUCAACCAAUUCAAAGUUAUUGUCGGUUGGCGUAGCUGCAUGGAAAGUGUUUUUAAGUUGGCCCUGCAGCGCGAGGGUUUGCUGCCCUUUACUAGCUGUCGAAUAGAGAUAUUCUUAUACCGCAAACCCUUAUUGUGUUCGCCUCUUGAGCCCCUCAUUGCUAACUUUGAAGAACUCCAACACAUUUAUCAACAGGCAGAGGCAGCCACGCAGCUGGGGGCGUCUAUCCAAUUAUUUCAAGACUGUCUUCGGAGCGGGCGUCACGACAAAGCCGCGCAUAUUCUCGAUUCUGUUCAGCGUGCUUCCUUCUCUGCUGGGCUGCGGCGAGAGGCGGAGGAGGCUUUAUUUCGUCUCUGCUGCAGCAGCAACUCUCCUCGAGUUAGUUUGGAGCAGCAGCUGCAGCAAGGAGACAGCGAAGAAGACAUUGAAGAGCAGCAGCAGCAGCAGCAGCUGUCUCCUGAAGAGAAAAGGAGACAAGAAAAACAAAGAAUAAGAAACCUGCAGCAGCAGUGGGAAGAGAUUCAAAUCGUCCGGGAGUCCCUGAUAAAGUUAUGUGGGGAGUCGGAUAGACAGCACGAGCUAAUGACGAAUGUCGCCCAGACGAUGCUGCAGGAUUUUGCACAGGGACUAAACCCUAAACCCUAA